CACGUCCGGGGGGCGCGGCAUCCUAACCUUUGAUCUGAUUGGCUCUGCGGCGUACACGUGUCUAAUCGCUCCCUAACUUCCGGCAACAAAGGCAUCGUCACGUGAUCUGGCUGUGGUCAACGUGAUAAUAACAAAGUGAAUGAAUGGAGGCCAGAAAUGACCUUAAGUUUCAAGAAUUUGAUGAUGCUACUAAUCUACUAGCUGCAAACCCGGAUGCCACUACUGUCAGUAUUGGUGACCCAGAUGAGACUGCGGGUAUCCAGCAAGGGCGCAGAUCGAGAGAAGAAGAAGACGACCUGUUAGGCAAUGACGAUUCUGAUAAGACAGAGCUGCUUGCAGGACAAAAGAAGACCGCUCCUUUCUGGACAUUUGAGUACUACCAAACAUUCUUUGAUGUUGACACGUACCAGGUUCUUCACAGGAUAAAAGGUUCUGUUUUACCAAUCCCUGGAAGGAACUUUGUACGGUUGUAUGUAAGAAGUAACCCAGACCUUUAUGGUCCUAUCUGGAUUUGUGCCACACUGAUCUUCACCAUCACAAUCAGUGGGAAUCUUUCCAAUUUCUUACUGCACAGGGGAGAACCUCGGUACCACUAUGUGCCAGAGUUUAGAAAAGUAUCCAUUGCUGCCACUACCAUCUAUGCCUAUGCCUGGUUGGUGCCAUUGGCUCUUUGGGGUUUCCUAUCUUGGCGACACAGUAAAGUAAUGAGCAUGGUGUCCUACUCCUUCAUGGAGAUCGUGUGCGUCUAUGGCUACUCCCUCUUCAUCUACAUUCCCACGUCGAUACUGUGGAUUGUCCAUUCUGAGAUUCUCCGCUGGGUUCUCAUGUCUUUAGCCAUGUGUCUGUCUGGGGCUGUUUUAAUGCUGACAUUCUGGCCGGCUGUACGUGAAGAUAAUCGAAAAAUCGCCAUCUCCACGCUUGGGGCCAUCAUGCUGCUUCAUGUGCUGCUGUCAGUUGGUUGUGGGCAAUAUUUCUUCGAUCAACCAGAAAGUGACCACGCUGUAACGUCCAUUAUUAAUGUGACCAAAAGGACACCACAGAGUCGCUAAUGGGAGGUGUCAUCACAGUCUCUCCAUUCACAUCCAUACUUCAGGCUUAUUUGGUGGGGGAAAGCUCUGUACUGGACCGGACGAUGAGCUGCUCUGGGUUUUCCUUGUGCUUUAUAUUCUUUUAUAUAAUAAUUUACUGAAUGAGCUAAUUUUAUUUUUAUGAAAAUUAAAGACGUGUCUGUGAUUUUCACG